AUGGCUUUCCUAAGGCCUCCUGGACGAGGGAAGACGGUGAGAUCCCAGCUGCCCAGCGUCUCAGCGGGAGGCGACUACGGCAAAGGACUUUUCAACAGGGAGAUGGGACCAUUGCAGAGCCAGCUUAGUCAAGGGGAAUACGCCUUACUCAGGCUUGCUCCCAUGUUGGAAAGUGACUUUGUGCAGAUUAACAAACGAGGAGAGGUGAUUGACGUGCACAACCAAGUCCAGACCGUGACUGUCGGGGUUGCUUGCACCUCCUCCAGCAUGACGGUUCCCAAUGUGCUGCUUCUGGCUCGCCCCACCUGCCUUCCCGAAGAGACGCCCCAGAAGUUUAAAACCUUGCUCCGCCAGUCUUCCUCGUCGCUGGGAUUAGAGCUCACCAGGCUUAUCCCUCUGCAUUUUGUCAAGAUCUCGCUCCACAACGCAGAGAAGAAGCAGCUGCGAUUCAAGCUGGCGAGUGGCCGCACCUUCUACUUGCAGCUCUGCCCCCAGCCUGGCGCGAAAGAAGAUGUCUUCAAACUGUGGGUCAAGGUGGUCAACAUGCUGCGGCCACCCUCGGACCAAGGGCCCCUAUUGCACAGCAAAAGCGAAGACCCUGGGGGGUCUGGGGAGGCCCUGACCGAUAGGGCACAGACCCCGGCAGUAUCCUUAAACCUAGAAGAAACCGUGAGCAUCCGUAGUAUCUAUUCACCCGCUGAAGUUCGCAGCCCUGCCCAAGAGGACGUCAGGAGCAGGCGCAGCCUGGUUUUCUCAAUGGGGAGCCAGCCCAGCUCCAGAGCCCCCAGCCCUUCUCCAUUUGAAAGCGAAGGAAGGACAACUGAGUUUGAGGACCUGGGGGUGCCAGAGCCAUUGGAGCGCCCGCCCAGCACCAGGAGUCAGGGCAGUCAGCCCGAGAGGACUGAGAGGAGCCCUAGGAUGAGCAGGAAAUCCAGUAAGAGCAGAAGUAGCAGAAGGAAGUCUCCCCGGAGAAGUUCAAGCCGGAGGCCCAGCAAGAUUAUCUCCCUCAUCAGAUCCUGCUCCUGGGGGAGGCGGAAGAGGAGCAAGAGCCGAGAUGCCAGGUCCCGGGGCAAAGGAAAGAAACGCUGAGCGGAGAGAAAGGAGAACCCAAAUUCCGGAGCCUCUUGGCCACCUCAACAUUACUAAAGAGACUGGUUAUAAUAAAAACAAAGAACACCAAAAAAGCGCAAAGCAUUGUGGGUAUGAGGG